AUGGCUAUAAUUUUGAGAUUUGUUGAUGCUCAUGGUUUUUUACGAGAGCAUUUUUUCCAAAUUGUGCAUGUUCAUGACACCACAGCUGCAACACUUAAGAAAGAAAUAUGUGAUGUCCUCACCAGAUAUAAUCUAGAAAUACACAAUAUUCGGGGUCAAGAGUAUGAUGGUGCUAGCAACAUGUGUGGUGCUUUUAAUGGAUUGCAAGCUUUAUUUCUUAAAGAUUGCCCCUAUGCAUAUUAUGUAAAUUGUUUUUCCCAUCGACUCCAACUAGCGUUAGUUGCAGCUGCUGAAAAUGAGAUCUCUAUAUGGCUUUUCUUUUUAAAUUCGACGACUAUUGUUAAUCUUGUUACAUCUUCGUCCAAACGCAAUGUCGAGUUACAAUCUGCUCAAGUUAAUGAAAUUGCACGUUCUGUUGUUGCUGGUGAAUGCGAGACUGGACGAGGAGCUAAUCAGAUUGGUACUUUGCAUCGAGUAGGAACUACUCGUUGGAGCUCCCAUUUUGAUUCUAUUUGCGACUUAAUAAAUAAGUAUAAUGCAACUAUUAAUGUGCUUGAAAAUAUUAUCACUGAUGGUUCCUCUACUUCGAUGCGUGGAGAAGCUGGUGGUUCCUUAAUAGUGAUGAAAUAUUUUGAUUUUAUUUUUAUUUUGUAUUUGAUGCAUAAAAUUAUGGCGAUCACAGAUUUACUUUGUCGUGCCUUGCAACAAAAAUCUCUUGAUAUCGUAAAUGCAAUGGAUUUGGUCUCUACAACUAAAGCACUUCCUCUAACAUUGAGAAAUGAUGGUUUUGAUAUUCUUCUUUCAUAUGUCAAAUCAUUUUGUACAAGAUUGGAUAUUGAUAUACCAGAUAUGAGUGCUCAUUAUAAGCAUUCUAGUCGUUCAUGCCAGCAAAAGGAUGCCAUCACAGUUGAGCAUCACUUUAAUUAUGAUAUAUUUAAUGCUACAAUAGAUUUUCAAUUGGAAGAGUUAAACUCUAGAUUCAGUGACGAGACAGUAGAACUUCUUAUGCUUAGCUCUGCUUUGGAUCCAAAAGAUAAUUUUAAUCGGUUCAACAUUGAUAAGAUUUGUAAUCUCGCUGAGAAGUAUUAUCCUGAGGACUUCACUGAACAGGAAAUCCAUAAUUUGAGAUGUCAGCUACAACAUUAUGAGCUCGAUGUGGUUUGUCAUGAAAAUUUUCAAAAAUAUCCACUAUCUCAGAAUUGUGUCCAGGAGCGUGCAUUUUCAGCUAUGAAGCAUGUUAAAAUAGUUCUUCGUAAUAGAAUGGGAGAGGAUUUUCUAACAGAUUCUAUGAUUAUCUACAUUGAAAGAGAGUUUGCUUCAAGUAUUGAUUCAGAUUCUAUCAUUGAUGAAUAUUAUACUUUGAAGAAUCGUAGAGCACAACUUCGAUAA